AUGGUGAAGUUUAUGAAUGACAAUGACUAUCUUGAAGUUGGGUUUAUUGGUCCAAGAUACACUUGGUGCAAUAACAAGGUUGGAGGGGGACGAAUUCUGGAAAGAUUGGAUAGGUGCAUUCUCAACUCAUUGGCCAUUAACAAAAUUCAAAUUGCCGUGGUAAGACAUUUAGCCAGAGUGGCUUCAGAUCGUAGUCCAAUUGUGUUAAAGAUUUAUGAUUCAGUUUCAAAAGGAAGAAGAUGUAUUAAGUUUGAAGAUGCUUGGUUAUCUUAUAAGGCAGCAGCCCAUAUUGUCUCUAAUAGGUGGAAGAAGCCUUUUUUGGGGGAUGACAUUGUAGUGCUUAAUAAAAAAUGCAUAAGAACUUUGAAGGACUUGUUCUACUGGAGCAAGGCAAGAUUGAAAGAUUUCUCUAAUGAGAAAGAUAGAUUGAAGGCUAAAAUUGUUCAAAUCCAAGAGGAAGAAACAACAGAUAGUUGGUUGAAUGAAGACAAAUUAUGGAUGCUUAAAGCUAAAGUUAAAGAGCUUAAUGUCAUCCUUAAUUGUUUGAAUACAUGGUGGAAGCAAAGAGCCAAAGUUAAGUGGAUUGAAGAUGGUGACUCAAAUACCAAGAUCUUUCAUUCCUUCGCCAAUGCUAGGAGAAAUGUCAACUAG